GAUAACGCUUCAAUGCAUAAUUCGCCAAUAUCUUAUACAUAUUCGUCAAACGUUUCACUUCCUGAAAAUUUGGCAUUAACAUUUCUGUCAAAACAUGAUUAAAGAAGUCCAGACAUUGUGAUAUAACAAGAUGUCUAAUAUUAUACCAAUGGUGUCAUCAUCACCACCUCCUAUGGAUGAAGGGGGCGGGUUUGAGUGGGAGGAUGAUGAUGAUUUUGGAACAUUCACUUCAGCAAGUGACAAUAGCUUUGCCCAUUCAGACACUACAGGUAAAGCUGAUACCACUAUACCAGAUCACUUAAACUCAGAUUCACAUUCAAAGAAUGCAGAUGAUUUUGCUGACUUUGCAAUGUUUCCGAGUAAUGAAGAAGAUCCAGCCAACAUGCAAUUCUCUAAACCCCAGUUGAAUGAUCAGAGACCUGAAUCAAUUAACAUAUCACAUAAUUCACCAGAUGAUAAAAAGACUACUGACACAACUACAAACAAGAUAAACAAUCAUGUAAAUGGCCCAUUAAUAGAUUCAGGUGUAUAUAGCUCCAAUGUAUCACCUGUUCAAUGUGAAGAAAAUUCAGGUGUAAAUCAUCUUCAUAACAAUAUUGAUGGUACUAGUACCUCUGAAAGUCAACCUCUUCAUGACUUGUCAUGUACUUUAUCAGAAAAGAUAGAAAAGACUUCAGAAGAAAAUGAAAUUUCAGACAGUAAGCCUGAUGCAGGGAUGACAAUACCUUGUGAUGAUAGUGUGUCAGAUACUCAGGAAAAUGUCAAUGUUGUUAAUGAUUCUGAAAACACUUGUGUUACUGAAGUUCAAGAUGAUUCUAUUAAGUGCAUUCCACCGAAAGACAUUCCUGAAAAUGACCACAUACAUAUAUCAGGUAAUGUAAUAACUGACAAUGAGACAGUAGAAAAUAGGAAAAAUACAAGUGCUAAUGUUGUGAUACCAAAUUGUGAUUCAGAUACAGUAAACAGUUUAUCAAGCAGUGAUAAUUCCCAUUCAGUCUCAAAUAUUUCUAAUCAGGAAUCUGGUCAUGAACAAAAUGUAGAUAGGACAGAUCUCAAUGAAGACAUUCCUGACUUAAGGCAAGAUGCUGAAGAGGAAGAAAAUGAAGGAAAUAAUUCAGACUAUGGAAAUUUCAGCUCUGAAAAUGUGACCCCAUUGGAUAAGCAAAUGAUUGGUUGUGAUAAUGAUUUGCAAAGAACAGAACAAGAGUCAGAAAAAUUAGAAACUGUUCAUAUAGAGAAUGAUAAAUUAAGGGACCAACAAGAUGAUAUAGAAAGUAAACUUGUACCAUCUGAGGAUACAGUUGAAGAUGCCAUUGGAGCUACGUGUACCAAUGCAGAUAAAAAUGAUGAAGAUGAAAAUGUUAAUUUAAGUCACAAAGAGUCAAGUUCUGUUGAAGAUAAGUGUGCAAAUGAAAUUACUGAUGAAGAUGUAAGUGAUUCCGAAAGUGUAAAUGUGAAAGAUAUUCAUGAUGAGACAGAAAAUGAACACAAAGUGAUUUCAAAGUCAGAUGAAGAUAGAAAUAUAACAGAACAAGUGGCACAUAACAAUGAAUGUGCUUUUGAAAAUAAUUUAAAAUCUGCUGAAGAUUUAAAUCUUACUAAAGAUGAUAGUGUAGAUGUUGAUAACUCUGAUGACCAUUUACAAGAAAUACCAGUUAGUGAUAAUAACAACUCAAAUCAUCACCACAAAGAUGAAAAUAAUGAUAUAAAUGUAAAAGAAAAUAAAGAGGAAGCUAUUAUAAAUGAAGAGAAUGAUGACUUUGGUGACUUUAGUGCCACUGAUGUUAAAUCUGUAAAAGUAGAAGGAAGUGGUAUUGAUUCAGCUAAUUGUGAGGUAGUUUCGGAUGAAUUUGGAGACUUUAAUGCAAGUUCUGAAACAAAGUCAAAUAAUGACAAUUUUGAGGUACAAGAUGAGGAUGAAGAUUUUGGAGAAUUUAACGCAAGCUUUGAUUCAAAAUCAAUUUCAAAUACUCCAGAAAUGGCAGAAAAUAAUGAAGAAUUUGGUGAUUUUAAUGCAAGUUUUGAUUCAAAACCAAUUUCAGAUAAUUCAGAAAUGAAAGGAAAUAAUGAAGAAUUUGGUGAUUUUAAUACAACUUUUCCUGAAAAGAGUGACAGCAAAGCAGAUCCUGUUGAUGAAUUUGGUGACUUUAAUGCAACAUUUGACGGAACAUCUGACAGUAAUGAGCAGACAAAUGAUUGGGCAGCAUUUUCAGAGCCACAAACUGUGACUGUUGCUGAAGCUGAUGAAGAGGAAGAUGAUUGGGCAGGUUUUGAAGGAGGGGACAAUAGUGCACCAGCUGUAUCAGAGACUGUUCCUUCACAGCAUAAAAUUGAUGAAUCAUCAAAAUUGGCCAAUAUGACAAAACAUGAGAAAUUAUUAUAUGCGGUGACAACUUGUUUCCCUGCCCUGAUUUCCGACUUUGAAGUAUGUGAUAUGAACAUCGGGGAAUUACAAGAUUUACAUAUUGACAGCACUUCUCAUGUUUGGGGUCAGGUCAAAGGUCGGGAAACAACAGAGGCUCUCUCAUACCAGUGGACCAAAUCUUUGUGGAAUUCUCAACUUUUUUCUACACUCCAUAUUGACACAAAAAAUAUAUUGAUAGGUCACAAGAAAGCACCUGUACCAGUGUAUGCGGCAGGACUGACCCUGUUAGAACCAACGAAAGGCCAAGCUCCUCUCAAACCAGAUGUCCUGGUGGAGACAUCUAUUUCCUCCAUAAACUCAACUUCUCAGAUUCAAGCCGCCCCUGUCUCGAAGCCAAACAAAAAUGACUCAAUCCCGGCUGCCCAGUUUGAUUGGAGUAGCAGUGGACUUACUAAUCCUUUAGAAGCAAACAAUAAAACUUUGAAUUUGGAUUUUCUAAUUCAGGAUCAAGCCACAAAAAGUAAUGCCCUGGAAACAGAAUUUCUGUCAACCAAUGAUUCACCAGUUCACAAACCAGCCAUUCAACCAUUGGAAAAUAUUUUAGCCAAUCUGAAGACAAGUUCAACCUUCAAACCAGCCAAUCAGCAUGAGGAUGUCAGCAAGGAAGCGUCUAAAGUUCUCCUUUCUCUUCCUGACUUACUUUUUAUGAAGUCUAAAGUUCUAAUGUUUCCCGUAAAGUUGGACGGAGUUGAGAACUAAUAUUUUAAUAUAAGAUUAUAAAAUAUCUGGGCCCUGUUUCAUUAAAGGCUAAAUGUACCUAUUUUAAAUAACUCUUAGUGUAAUAUUUCUGUUAUUUGGAUUCGAAAUCUAGCUAGGGUUUUUGGAUUUUUUCAUUUGAGAAAUCUAUCCAACUGGCUUACUGAAGGUCAGUGUUUCUACUCAGAUGUCCGUUUGUGACAGAAAUAAUGCACAGAAGGACACCUGUGGUCUUCCUCCACCAGUAAAACUGAAAAGUCAUCGUAUGCCCUCUAUUUAGUUGAUGCAAUGUAAAACCCAGUGCAAAAAAUAGAUAAUAUUAAUGGUUUUCUUUCUUUGCUAAUAUAGAAGUAGUAUUCAAUUACAAAUAAUUAAUACACAGCUCUAUAAUUUUUUUGAGGGUUUUAAUUAAGGACACAUUUUACACUUAGAGUACCUAGUGCCUUUUAUGAAAUGGGCUCCUGUUUACAUUGUUUGUUAUUGAAUAUCAGUACACAAUCAUUCAGUAUAGAGAAAUUAAAAAUGUGAAAUCAAAUUUGAGUAACUUAAAUAAUUCAGGAGUUUAUGUGCCUGAUAAAGACUGUACCAAUAUGCCAAUUUGCUUUACUCAAUGCUGGUGACAAUAGGCAAGAUUAUUAUUGCUAAAAGUAUUUCAUUUAAAAUAUAUAUUUAUAUAAUUGAGCUGCACCAUGACAAAAAAACCAACGUAAUGCGUUUGCAACCAGCAUGGAUCCAGACAAGCCUGCGCAUCCAUGCAGUCUGAUCAGGAUCCAUGCUGUUCGCUAUCAGUUUCCCUACUUGUUAUUGGGAUGUGCAGGCUGGUCUGGAUUCAUGCUUGUGGCAAAACGCAUUACAUUGGUUUUGUCAUGGC